AUGCAGCUCAGAAACCACGAGACCGGCAAGGUGGCUAAUACCGCCAACCUCACCAACAACAAUAAUCGCAAGCAGAAUAUGGGCAGUGACAUUCCAGAAGUCUCUGCUAACGAAAUUUCUGGCAAGAAUCUCAGAAACCGCAAGGUCACUGUGAAUUCCGAACCUACCAAACCCAAAUCUAACACACAUCGCGAGCAACCAGUCAUUGCCGAGACUCUUGAUUUUCCUGCUGAUGAAGCUACAUCAUUGAGCCUUGAGAAGGCCAAGGCCAAGCUUCGCAACGCUUUAGAAGCUCACCGCGACAAGUCCAAAAUCCACGGCAAUACUACGGAUUCAUCCGCUGAUGAAGCUCCUGCCCUCGCUCUGAAAACCUUCAAAGUCAAGCCCAUCAACACUUCCAAAGCAGAUUCCGUCAAGGAGGCCGCCAAGCAUCGACAACUUACCAGUAAAAUCUCAGAUUCCUCCGCCGACGAAGCUCUCGCCCCGAACAUCAAGAUGGCCAAGGCCAAGCCUACCAACACAUCCAAGGCCCCCCCUACUAAGACUGUCAGCAAGCAACAAAAAGCCUCCGGGAAGGCCUCAAGUCAUUCCGCAGACCAAGCUCCCGCUGUGGAACCUACGAAGGCAGGAUCAAGCAAAAUGAUCGCACAGAAGGAGAAGGUCUCCAGUUCUGAACUUUCUUCGCUCGACGACGUUGAUAUCUCUAUCGCAGACCCUACCGACGCAGGCGCAGAUGCUGCCUCACCCUCAACCUCGGAGCAAGUCUCAGGUGGAGAAGACGGAUCAGAAGAAGGGGACGAAGAGAACAAGGAGUACUCAGAAGAAGAACAUGAUGAAGACGAAGCCGGCGAAGUAUUUCGAGCAGCCCGAUUCGAAGCCGAGGCCGAAUCGAUCACCAGCUCUGAGAAAUCAAUGGCUUCCGACGCCGGAUUCGGCUCGGACGGCGAGUCCCAUCCAGACAACAAAAAGAAGGAAACCUUCAAAGCCGACGACGCCAGCGCCUUCGCAUCUUCCAUGUCCGCAAUCCUAGGUAACAAACUCACCACAACACAACGUGCAAACCCUAUCCUCGCGCGUAGUGCGGAUGCCAAAGAAGCGGACGAGGCGCUCCUUGAUCUGAAGUUGGGGAGGAAAGCUAAGACCGAGAUUAGGAGGAAGCAUCAAGAGAAGUUGUUAAAGGAGAUCCAUGGUGAAGGGGCAGGGGACAUGGUUGGAUCCAUUGCUGAUAUCGAAGAUCCCGAGGAUUAUGGGACCGUCUUUGCGUAUCAGCAGCGCGAGAAGGGGUUGAGGAAGACGGCGGAGAAGGGAGUGGUCAAGAUGUUCAAUGCGUUCACCCACGUGCGUGGAAAGACUGUGGAGGCGAAGGGGAUGGUUGGGAGUAGGGCUCAAAAGGAGGGAAAAGCUACCGAGAUGACUAAGGAGGGUUGGUUGGACUAUGUUGGUCAGGGUGGGGAAGGCACGACUGAGGAGGAGGGCUUGGGCAAGGUUGCAGGGGAGAAUAGCCUUUCCGAGCUUGGGGAGGAGGACAAGAUCGAGAAGCAGAGUGAGCUUGGAAAGAAGGGCGAGUCUGGGCCGAAAGGGAAGCUUGGCAAGAAGCGAGCUUGGGAAGAAGAGUGA